CCUGGAAAGCACCCUGACAGAGAGCAAGAGGAUGAAGACAGAUUUCAUCGAGACACAAGCAGGGUUACCUCAAAUAUCCAAAGAAGUUUCGGCUGAGGCUUCAUCCAGCACGGCCAAAGCUAAGCCUCAGAGGAAAAGGACAUGGGACACUGUUGUAGCCUCAAACAGUGGGUUAAGAGCUCCAGACAAGGACUCGCCACAGAGAAAGAAGAUGAAGAUGAGCCUGCUAAAUGACUCACAAGAGGCUCCAAUUAGAACUCUGUCCAGUGACGCCAAAAUUAAACCGCAAAGGAAAAGGACAUGGGCCACUUUUGUAGCCUCACACAGUGGGUUAAGAGCUCCAGACAGAAACUCGCCAGAAAGGAAGAAGAUGAAGAUCAGAGAGGAUCCAAUUGAAACUCUGUCCAGUGAGGCCAAAGUUAAAUCGCAAAGGAAAAGGUUGUGGGACACUUUUGUUGCCUCGAACAGUGGGUACAGAAGCGGCUCUCCAGAAAGGAAGAGGAGGACGAUGAGCCUGAAUGAGAUAAGCGCCACAAUUGUAACCAGGCUUUAUCCAGCGAGGCCAAAAGUCCAGAGAGUGACAAAAACACCAGGCCAUGGAUGUGAGCUCAGCAGCGCCGGAGCACGACGGAGCCGGAGUGACGAAGGUCCGCGAAAGACGGUGGAGGACAGCAGAGCCAGAGAGACGAGGUUUGAGGACAGCAGUUCCACAGCCCAGGGGGACAUCAGGACAUCAGGAGGUUUGUAGGUUUAUCAGUAACGCCUGUACAGGUGGAGGAGGAUUAAAACACGCCCAGUAUAAUAUUUAGCUGUUACUAUAGGAGAGGAGGACUUACUGGUAGUUACUUUUAAAGAGCACUCCCUCUCUCCUACAUGUUUCUAGAUUUAAUUAACAGCACGCUCAAUGGUGUUUUAAGCCCCCACUGUCGACUUCAAGGCAGCGCUGCGACCGUUGACUUCAA